CCAAAUAAGUUUCAGUGCCUAUCCCCCAUAGUUUGUGCCCAGUUCAUUCUACUGCGCAUAAACGGCGUAAUUGAAUCACUUUGCUUCACUAUUCAAGCUAAACAGAUAUUGAAGAAAAUAUAUUCUUAGGGAAAUAAAUAUCAAUGGACCCACCAACAAUCGUAAGGUAUGACAGGAAUAAAGUAUUGGGCGUGGGUAUUUCCGCACAAGUAUUCGCUGGCCAAUUUAAUGGAGAGCAAGUUGCUGUCAAAAGGAUUCUCAAAAGAGCAGAUUCCGAUUUGGACCAAGAAUUUCAAAACCGAGAAGAACAGACCAUGAAGAAUCUAAAACACGAGAACGUUCUCAAACUGAUAGAUGUGCAACAAGACAUGGACUUUAAGUAUCUGAUACUGGAAUUAUGUAUUGCAACAGUCAACGAUUACAUAAAAGGAAACUACAAAGGGGAGAUGCCCACCGAGAUUGAUGCGUUGAUUCAAAUGGCCAGCGGAUUGGCUUACAUCCACUCCCAAUGUUUGGUCCAUCGAGACAUCAAGCCGGCCAACGUGUUGAUUUCUCAAUCGAUUGUUCUGAAAAUUUCCGAUUUCGGAGUCUGUCGGCCCGUGACAAGUUCCGGCAGUUUCUCGAUGACUAGUGGUCCAAAAGGCACCCGCAUCUAUUACUCGCCUGAAUUCAUCGAAUCCGAGGGGAAAAGCAAAGAAGAUAAAGAAAAAAUCAGAGCUAACGUGACGAUCGACAUCUUCUCGCUGGGCUGCCUCUAUUUCAGUUACCUCACAGAAGGCUGCCAUCCGUUUGCCAAAAAUGGAGGAUCGCCCGACGAGUUUGGAACUAUCUCCAACAUCCAAUCAGAUAUAAAGGUUCUCGACAAUGGAAAGUUGUCACCGAAUCAUUACGCAUUCGCCGUAAUUGAUGGAAUGACGAAAAAAAAUCCCAACGAGCGCUGGAAAUUGGAUGAAGUCCUAAAGAUUCUAAAUAACGAGAAAGAAAAGAAUUAAUAAAUUUUAUCAUUUUCGGGAUGUCCAGUGACAAGAUUAAAAAAAAAAUUAAUGUUUAAUUCA